ACAAAGCAAAGAAACACCAACUAAAUAUUUAUGGAAAAAACCAUGAAAAAUAUUCCUCAGUCACGCUUUGGAGGUUCCACAGUUAACAAGACAUAACGUAAAAAUGAGGUUUUUAGGAAUUAUUUUAAUUUUUUGUGCAAGUUUUAUUUCCAAAUCAUUUUUGUGUGAAGAUGUGGGUGGAAAUGAACCAAAAGUUUGCACCAAAGUGGGUUGUAUUCGUGGUAAAGCUGAGGAGGGACGAUUGAGGCCAUAUGAAGCAUUCUAUGGGAUUCCUUAUGCUGAACCACCACUUGGAGAGUUGAGAUUUGAAAAUCCCCACCCACACCCUGGAUGGUUGGGGGAAUGUUGGGAUGCUACCUACCCAAGGGCAGCUUGUCUCCAGAGGAAUGUCUUUCUGGUAUCGCAGGAAGUGGUAGGAUCGGAGGAUUGUUUGUAUUUGAAUGUCUAUCGUCCAGUUGGGAAAAUUCAAAAGGAAAAAUUGCCAGUAAUGGUGUGGAUUCAUGGUGGUGGUUGGAUGUCCUUCUCCGGCAAUCCAGGACAAUUUGGUCCGGAAUAUUUAAUGGACAAUGGUGAGGUGAUCUUGGUCACGGUGACCUACAGAUUGGGUAUGUUUGGCUUCCUCUGUUCCGGCGAUGCGGCUGUAAAGGGAAAUGUUGGACUGAAAGACCAACAAAUGGCCCUUAAGUGGGUUGUAUCCAACAUUGAGGAAUUUGGUGGGAAUCCUCAUGCUAUAACACUUGCAGGACAAAGCGUUGGAGCUGCUUCAGUACAACUUCACAUGCUUAAUCCCAUAUCACGAGAUCUCUUUCAACGAGCUAUUGUAAUGAGUGGUUCAGCUAUAGCAUCUUGGGCAAUUUCUUACGGCAACUACGAGGCUAAAUUUCGUCAAGGAGUUAAGAAUACAGGACUUUCCAAUUGGAAUACAUCGUCAACUUUUGAGCUUGCAAGUCAAUUGAAAGAGCUACCAUCCCUCACAUUUGUUUCAGCCCUUGAUGAUUUUACGAUUUUCCGUGAAGUCCCCGUUACGUCAAUCAGACCAUGCAUUGAGGGUAACUGGGAGGGAGCUUUCUUAACGGAAGAUCCAAGAAAAGUUUGGGCUGAAGGGAGAUUUCAUGCAAAACCAAUUUUAACUGGUGUAACGAGCAAUGAAGGAGCCUUCACGGGAACAGUUACGACCAAUGCAACACUUCUAGAGGCGUACAAUGAGAACAUUUAUGAAUUUAUUCCAAUUCAAUUUGACAUGGAUCCUAGAUAUAUGGAUGAUGUCUUCAGAUUUUAUCUCGCAGGAAAGGAUUUCAUUGAUCAAACAAAUGUUAAGGAAUACGAAAAGAUGUUUGGCGAUAAAAUGCUGGUUUAUCCAAUGUUUAAGUUUGUACAGCAAUACAUUGGGCAUGCAGAUCUUGAGAAAAAUCCCAUAUUUCUCUAUAAAUUUGCUUUUGAGAGCGAUUAUACGUUUGUAAAAUUUCAAACAGGAUUGAAUGUUUAUCUAGGAGUUAGUCACAUUGAUGAUCUAUUCUUCCUCUUCACCAUGAAGGAUUUCCUAGAACCAUUUAAACCUGACACACCUGAGGGAAGGAUGACCGAUAUCUAUGUACGUACGAUCGUAAAUUUUGUUGCAAGAGGCAAAGUUGAGACAUGGCGUCCAUUCAGAGCUUGUACUCCAGCCACAUUUGAUCCCUUCUGUGACAGACAAAUCUUCAAGAGGUAUGAAAAGCUCGAACCAAAUCAAGUUGAGGUGAAGACUUCAAAUCAAUUUGACUUGGAAAUGAUUAAACUGUGGAAUAAAGUUGAUAGGAUUUCAGGUUAAACUAG